UGGCCUCCCAAAGUGUUGGUUACAGGUGUGAGCCACUGCGCCCAGCCAGUAAACUAUUCUUUGAUGAACCCUCUUGCAAUACAUCUUUGUAUACUUUUACAAAUAUUUCCUAAUGAUAAAUUCCUAAAAGUGGAAUUUCUGGGUUGAAUUAUGAGACAUUUAUAAAGUACUCACAAUAUGCCAGAUCUUGUGCCAGUCCUCAGGGGAAAUACAGUGACCAAAAUGACAUGGUUGGUAUCCUCAGGUUGUUUGUUAUCUUUCAAGGUAGAUAAGCCUAUGCAAGAAUAAGACUGAGAUAGGUGAGGUAAAGGUCAUUGAAGAAGUCAGAUGGCAUGGCUUGAGAGGUCAUGGGAAGGAGACAGCUGAUUAUAGCAAGCAUUGUCAGGUCACAGCCAAAUAAUACCAAACUCAUGGGGUUCCUAUGGGGUAAUGGAUUUUAUGUAAUAAGCAUAUGCCUUUUAGUUUUUAUUCUCAUGAUGUUGAUGCAAAUGAACAGGACAAGAAGAUUCAGCAACUCCUAGGAGGGCCUCAUGGCUAAAACAACUCUUUGAGAAGCAAAACAAAAGCUUGGUCAAGAAGUCAUGAGAAGUAGCAGCAGUGAAACAAGGCAUUAAUUGAAGAUGUGUAGCCAUGUUUAUAUCAGCCUCUGUGAACUCGGUGCUUCUCCUGGCAAGUAAACCCCAAGGAGGACUGACCAGUUCUUGAAUUUCUAUACCAUGGCCCUUCGAUCGGUGAUGUUCAGUGAUGUAUCCAUAGACUUCUCUCCGGAAGAGUGGGAAUACCUGGACUUGGAACAGAAGGACUUGUACAGAGAUGUGAUGUUGGAGAACUACAGCAACUUGGUCUCUCUGGGAUGCUUCAUUUCUAAACCAGAUGUGAUUUCCUUAUUGGAACAAGGAAAAGAGCCUUGGAAAGUUGUGAGGAAAGGAAGAAGACAAUAUCCAGAUUUGGAGACCAAGUAUGAAACCAAGAAGUUAUCUUUAGAAAAUGACAUUUAUGAAAUAAAUUUAUCCCCGUGGAAGAUAAUGGAAAGAAUUAAAAACCAUGGCCUUAAGGGUCUCAUUUUAAAACAUGAUUGGGAAUCCACAGGAAAAAUGGAAGGACAGGAGAGACCUCAAGAAGGAUACUUCAGUAGUGUGAAAAUGCCAUCUGAAAAGGUGUCCUCUUACCAGAAACGCACAUCUGUUACUUCACAUCAGAGACUUCAUUUUGUCGAUAAACCCUAUGAAUGUAAGGAAUGUGGGAAGGCGUUCAGAGUGCGCCAACAGCUUACUUUUCAUCACAGAAUUCAUACUGGUGAAAAACCCUAUGAAUGUAAGGAGUGUGGGAUGGCCUUCAGACAGACUGCACACCUUACUCGACAUCAGAGACUUCAUUCUGGUGAAAAACUCUAUGAAUGUAAGGAAUGUGGGGAAGCUUUCAUAUGUGGUGCAGAUCUUAGAGUACAUCAGAAAAUGCAUAUUGGUGAGAAGCCCUAUGAAUGUAAAGAAUGUGGGAAGGCUUUUAGGGUACGAGGACAACUUACUCUGCAUCAGAGGAUUCAUACUGGUGAGAAACCCUAUGUGUGUAAAGAGUGUGGAAAGGCCUUUAGACAGUAUGCACACCUGACUCGGCAUCAGAAGCUUAAUAGUGCUGACAGGCUCUAUGAGUGCAAAGAAUGUGGGAAGGCGUUUUUGUGUGGCUCUGGUCUUAGAGUACAUCACAAACUUCAUACUGGUGAGAAACCCUAUGAAUGUAAGGAAUGUGGAAAGGCCUUUAGAGUGCGGCAACAGCUAACACUGCAUCAGAGAAUUCACACUGGUGAGAAGCCCUAUGAAUGUAAGGAAUGUGGGAAGACCUUCAGCCGUGGUUAUCAUCUUAUUCUCCAUCACAGAAUUCAUACUGGUGAAAAACCUUAUGAAUGUAAGGAAUGCUGGAAAGCCUUUAGUCGCUACUCACAACUUAUUUCACAUCAGAGUAUUCAUAUUGGUGUUAAGCCCUAUGACUGUAAGGAAUGCGGGAAGGCCUUUAGACUACUUUCACAGCUCACACAGCAUCAGAGUAUUCAUAUUGGUGAGAAACCCUAUAAAUGUAAGGAAUGUGGCAAGGCCUUUAGAUUGCGCCAAAAACUUACUCUACAUCAGAGCAUUCAUACUGGUGAAAAACCCUUUGAGUGUAAGGAGUGUAGGAAGGCCUUUAGACUUAAUUCAUCCCUUAUUCAACAUCUGAGAAUUCAUUCUGGUGAGAAACCCUAUGAAUGCAAGGAAUGUAAGAAGGCCUUUAGGCAACAUUCACACCUUACUCAUCAUCUGAAAAUUCAUAAUGUAAAAAUCUAAGAAAGUCUUUUCAACUUCUGUGUAAUAGAACAUUCUAUGAAUGUAGUAAUUAAUCUCUUUUGCUCCAUACAUGCAACUGACUUGGCAUUAGAGAUUUUAUACCAUUAAAAGAGUGUGAUAAUGUAUUGUAUUCCGUCAUCACUCAAACCUGAAACUUCAGCACAUUUGUUCUAAAAACGAAUCCUGUUAUAAGAAUGAGAAAGAUACCGUCAUCCCUAUCCCAUCACUUUGUGUCAUACUGGACAAGAAGCUUAACUGCUGUGUGCUUUAAUUUUUUAAUUUAUGAAAUGGUCAUAUAAGAGUGCAGCAAUUUGACACUCUUUCAAUCAAGAGGUGGAAUUUACAUCCCUCUGUUGUAUAUAGGCAGACUCUGUGACUGCUUCGCCCCAUAGAAUAUGGUAGAUGUACUGCUGUGCUGGUUUCUUGACUCAGACUUUACUGGUAGAGUUACUUCAUCUCAUGAAAUGAGAGAACUGUCAUGUUACAGAGUCUGGCUACUGUGCUGAAGAAACCACAUGAAGAGGCCCUGAAACUACAUAGAGAGGGAGAGGCACCUGCUGAACCCUGUCUUCUUGACAUCUGCCAAGAUACCAGACAUUUGAGUGAAAUUUUGGAUCCACCAGACCAGCCACCAGCUAAAUGCCACUGAGUGACUUGGUAACAUCAACUGAUGCCAUGUAGAAUGGAAGAAUUGACCAGCUGAGCCCCUGCCCAAAUUUCUGACCCACAAAAACAUGAGAUAUAAUAAAAUGGUUGUCAUUUUAAGCCAC